AUGGAAUACGCCAGUGGGGGACAGCUAUUUGAACAUGUCCCACCAGGUGGCAUGCAGGAGGAAGAAGCCCGCAGAUUUUUCUAUCAGGUGACAUGUGCCGUGGCCUACUGCCACGACAUGGGCAUAGUACAUCGAGACCUGAAAUCAGAGAACUUCAUGGUGGAUGCCAGAGGUAAUGUAAAAAUGAUCGACUUUGGCCUCAGCACCAGCAUCACCUCUGAGAAAAAUUUCCAUGAAUUCUGGGGCACUCUGUCACAUCUUGCCCCCGAAAUGGUGCUGAGCCAAGCGUAUGAGGGCCCGCCUGUGGACAUCUGGAGCCUGGGCAUUAUUCUCUACUUUCUAUUGACCAGGAGCCGCCCAUUUAUGGCACCAACCACUCAUGAGUUGCUCAAACUCAUCGUGCUGGGAUCCUACAACAUCCCUCAUCAUGUUCCCCUGCAAGCAAGAAAACUUAUCCAAGAAAUUCUCACCCUGAACCCCAAGGAGCGGCCCACAGCCAAGAAAAUCCUUGAGCACCCAUGGCUGACACAGGGUGAGCAGUAUUUACCACCUCAUGGCACGAAGUCACUCAUCAAACGUCCUGAUCCAGAAAUAAUGACCAUUAUCUUUGAUAAAGGUUAUGAUAUAUAUAAGACCUGGGUGUCUCUGGCCAAUAGGAAGUUCAAUGCAGCCAUGGCAACAUAUUUGAUACUGGAGCACCAGAAAAGCCAUGGGGAAAGCUGCACAUUGCAGGGGAAGCCUGUGCCUCCAAGGGUCAAGCCUCACCCACUGGGCAUGGACACUCCUCCAAGGAGGAGUUCCAGUGAGCCUAACCUUCGCACCUUCCCCUUACCCUCUCAGAAUCAGCUGCCUAAGGAGGCCAAAGAGGCAGAGCAGAAAGUUACCAGGAGCGCCAGCCUUCCAGCUAUUCCUCUCCAGUUCUUGACUACACCGGAUAUAGCCUCCAGGCCUGACUCUGAGCAACCACAUGCGAAAAAACAACGAUGGAAGCAGGUAAUUAGAAGGAUGGCUACCUGUUUCCAAAAACUCUUCUGUUGCAUAUCAUGUGUGAACAAUAAGUUGGCUCCAAUGUAA